UUAGAGCCAACAAUCACACAAAUAGGUGAAGUAAAAGAACACAUUAAUUAAACCACGGGUGUGCCCAAAAUUCUUCAGCGGGUGCCACAGAGAGCGUCUCAAUUCUGAAAAGCACAGCAAAUUAUCCAACCAAAUAGCUGUCGAGGCAACUAAGCCAUAAACCAAUGGCUACACUAUGCUUAUUUCCACCAGUUCUAUUGAAACCGAAAAACUCUCCCAAAUUCAACCACUACUUCCACACUACUCCUAAGCCUAAAAUCACCUGCUCCUCUAUUGCAACACAAUCUCAAUCAGCUAAACAGCAUCUUCUCACUCUUAUCUCAGACCAAGAUCGAGGCCUCAAAACACAGAAAGACCCUGAAAAGCGAGCCUUAAUUAUCCAAGCCAUCAAUGCAAUGGCUGAACUAGGCAAAGAUACUGUCACUACUGAUAAUUCACUUUCUGCCACGUGGCGGUUGCUUUGGACUACGGAGAAAGAGCAGCUCUUUAUUAUAGAGAAAGCACCGUUUUUUGGUAGUCAAGCUGGCGAUGUUUUGCAGGUGAUUGAUGUUGGGAAUAUGACUCUCAAUAACGUUAUCACUUUCCCACCCGAUGGAGUUUUCUUUGUUAGGUCAAAUAUUGAGAUUGCUUCUUCUCAGAGAGUUAAUUUCAGAUUUACGAGUGCUGUUCUAAGAGGGAAAAGUUGGGAGAUUCCAUUACCUCCGUUUGGACAGGGUUGGUUUGAGUCUGUUUACGUGGAUGAUGAUAUUCGAGUAGCGAAGGAUAUCAGAGGAGAUUAUCUAGUCGUUGACCGUGCGCCGUAUGCUUGGAGAGAGUGAUGGUGCUCUACUACAUUUGGUCAUGAUUUUGGAAUCUAAUGUUCAAAUCUAUUUACCUAGAUGAUGAUUUAUGAACUGCAAAGGAUAUUCGUGGAGAUUACUUAAUUGUUUCACGUGCUCCUUAUAAUUGGUCAGAGUGAGCUGUGAGCGUUAUGAUUUGGUAAUUUGUUAUUUGUUUGUGAAGCAUCAUUUGACAUAAAUGUACUUACUUGUACAGGUAUGUAUAAUCCUUUAUGUAGCACAGAUUUUAUUGUGCCACUACUAUGAAUAUGAUCCUUCUGCAUAAUUUCUUCCCGCCCUUUAUCAAUAUAAUGUAUUCAUAUUGUAUAAUCCACUUCUGUAUAUUUUUUUCCGUCUACUCAAUUGAAGCGUUCUCUCA